AUGUGCAGCAACGAGCGGCCGAGCGUGGCCGCGGCGGGCCCGCCGGCGCCGGCGCCCGGCCCCGCGCCGCUGCCGUACCCGCUGGCGGUGCUCAAGUCGCUGCACGAGUCGGACCAGUACCGGCUGCAGCUGUACCAGUACGCGCGCGCCUUCCCGCCGCACUACCCGGCGCUGUGCUACCCGGCCGCGGCCGCCGCCGCCGCCUACGCGCCGCGCGUCGCCGCCUUCUCGCUGCUGCACGGCCAGCACCCGCGCGUGCUGCAGCCCGAGGAGCCCAAGCCGCAGCACAGCUACAUCGGACUCAUCGCCAUGGCCAUCCUCAGCUCGCCCGACACCAAGCUCGUGCUGUCCGACAUCUACCAGUACAUCCUGGACCACUACCCGUACUUCAGGACGCGAGGGCCCGGCUGGCGCAACUCGAUACGCCACAACCUGUCGCUCAACGACUGCUUCGUCAAGGCGGGCCGCAGCGCCAACGGCAAGGGUCACUACUGGGCGAUACACCCGGCCAACGUGGAGGACUUCAAGAAGGGCGACUUCCGGCGGCGGAAAGCGCAGCGCAAGGUGCGCCGGCACAUGGGGCUCGCGGUGGACGACGACGGGACCGAGUCGCCGAGCCCGCCGCCGCCCCCGCCCCCGCCUCCGCCGCCCCCGCCGGCGCCGUACAGCCGCAAGCGGCAGUUCGACGUGGCGUCGCUGCUCGCUCCCGACGACCCUCCGCGGACGACGGCCGCCGCCUCUUCCUCGCCGGCGCCGCCCACCAAACGCUGCACCUUCGCGGCGGAGGGCAGCGAAGACGACGACAUCGACGUGGUGAGCGGCGACUGCGGCUGGGCGUCGUCUCCCCCGCCCCCGGGGGCGGCGGCGCCCGCCCCCGGCGCGGCGGCGUUCCCCGGGCUGGAGCAGGCGCUGGUGUCGCGCUACUACGAGUCGCUGCAGCUGCACCAGCGCCGCCUGCACCACCUCGCCGCCACCGGCGCCGUCACCAUCACCGAGAUCUCCGACGCCUGA